CUGGCUUCUCCACCAUCAUUCCGUCAAAGGCACGCCGGCAGGUUCGAUAUAUUGAAUUCUGCUCUUCGUAGCGCAGCGUCCUCCGUGGGGCACACGAAUCGCGUAGCAAGUAGUUCUCCUUUACUCUCUCGGACGAAACCAGCUAUCAUUUGGAAACUUGCGGCUACCUUAGAAUCAGACUGAAUAGUUUCUCUCGCAAUACCUAGGCAGAGUAGACCCAUGGUCUCGCCAGUCGCGGCAGAGCGAGGCGCAGCCAAUCAGGCAUGGCAGUCGCUUCGCGAGACGGUAGUGCCGGCGCCCGCAGAGUCCAAGUCCGCGGCGGACUCCAAGUCGGCAAUCUCGAGGGUCGACUCGUGGAUCGACGACCACCUGCUAGUUCCGCCUCCCCCAGCUGAGCCCGAUCACAUCGAUAAGGGCGACGGAGACUUCGGCGACGUCGCAGAUGGCGUCGCAGGAGGCGGUGUUACCGCCGACCCGCUCACACGAAAGGUCGCCGCGUUGGAGGUGGAGAACUGCGAAAUGACUGGGCGAGUCGCAGGGCUGGAGGCGAUGCUCCGCGAAAAGGAGCAGGAGUCGCACGAGCUGCGUCGCCAGCUGCUGGCGAUCACUCGCGCGCUGGAGGAGGGCAGCCACGCCGACACGCUGUCGCGCGCCGAGCUGCUCAACCAGGUGCUCAGCCUGGCCAAUCAGGUGAAAGAACUCUCCGACGAACGUGCCGCGCUGCUCAGCGCGCCUGGCGGCGUGGCGUUUAACUACGGUCUGGGCGGCGGGUCAAAGAAGUCAGUCGCGUCUGAAAAGGCUCUCGACGGGGAGCACGACACGGCACUAGGAGGUGGAGGCGACGAGGAGGGGUGCGCAGAAGAAGUCGAGGAUAAGCCGGAUGGUGAAAUUGCUCCCGUGAAUGCGGUGCGGGUGUCGAGCUACCGCCCCCCGCCUCCGGAUGCGCUGAAAGACGCUGCUGCUGCUGAGGAGGAUGACGAGGAUGAGGAGGAUAAGGAGGGGGAAGGCCACGAGGUCGCAGGCGCGGAUGCGAUGUCCGCAGCGCCGUCAAUGACACCGUCGCGGCCGGGGACGUCGCACUCGUUGCGGUCGCAUGCGUCGCUCAUCCCGCGGUCCUUCAUCAUGCCCGCUCUCGCCGCGUCCGGCCCCUCCGCCCAGACGCGCCUCGGCGCGCUGCCCAUGUCGAUCGUGCCCUACGACCCUGCCGCCGCCGCUGAGAGUCUGGCCAAUGCACCGGCGCCGGUUUCAGGGGCGAUUGUUCCGUACCAGUCGCUUGACGCCGGUCUGGCGGCGGCGGGUGAGGGGGGAAGUACGGAUGGAUCACUUGUAACGUACAGGCCUCCAACGGCGAGUAGCAGUACGGCUGGCGUUCCAUCUAAUCCGUUCGACCGGCCGAACACGUACGAGAUGAACCGCCCGCAGGCGUCCUGGCCGAACGCGAAGCCAAACCGCGUGCAGAGCUUCGUGCCGUCGACUGUUCCUGAGACGGCGGCGGAAGGCGCGACUUCGGGGCUGGGCGCAAUGCGCGGGGCGAUCGCGACGCUGAUUCGGUGCGGGAAUCGCGCGGAGGUGCGCGAGAUCCAGAUCCGGCACCUGGAGAAGCUGAACCGGUCCAAGCGUGUCACGCCUGACGACAUCUUCGCCGCAAUUCAGUCGCGAUGCCUCUCCAUCCUCGCGCAGGUAGAGCCCCCAUCUGGGUUCAACAUUCUGGGCGUGAAGGUCAAGAUUCCUCGCAAGCUGACAUCCCUCUCCCUCACCUCCACCGCUUCCACCUCCUCCACCUCCUCCACCACUCCCUCCAACAUCCGAGUCUCUGACUCCGAGGCCAAGUUCCUCACCAACCCCUCGGUGGAGCUCGUCGCAUUCCUCUUCUCUGCCAUUGUCACGCAUGCCUGGGCGCCCAUUGAAUGCUUCCCUGCCACGAUGGAGCAGAUGGGCAAUGUGUACGUGCGGCGGCUGCUCAUGGUUGAUUUCCUGGAUGCGGCGUUCAAGCGCGUGGGGCGCAUGGGUGUGGAUGCUCUGGUGCAGGACCUUCAAGGGAUAGACAGGCUGCUGGGUGUCAAGGAGGAGAGGCUGCCUUCGGUCAAGGAGCUCAGCAACUGCAAGGUUCUGGUGAUGAUCCACAGCAAGACAGGGCUUCAGUGGAAAAAGAAAUGGAUCUUUGGAAAAUAGUUAAGCAGUGUGCUCUACUGAUGUUUGUUUAGCCCAUAUGGGUAUUGUGGCAUUGCAAAUGAAUGUAGAGCGUGUUUAGCAACGCAUAAUAAGCAUUAGGGUAUUGGGAUCGUGGCUUGUUUUGUCUUGGUUUUUCUAUUAUGCAAGUAAUGGAUGAGCUGAAUAUUAUGCAUUA